CUGGAAACCAAAAUUUACAGAUAUUUCAUACAAAUAAAAUUUAUAUAAAUCGAUUUUAUUUUAAAAUAUUACUUCAUAAAAAAUAAAUAAAGGUGCCGAAUUUCAAAAUGAAUCCAAAUAUCACUUUUUUAGAAAAGUUGCGUUGGCGUUUUAACACUAUUGAACACAAAUUCCUACAAUAUCGCCAUACAACCAAUGAAACCGUUAUUGCAGAAACCGAAUAUGGCAAGAUUAAGGGCGUCAAACGAAUAACAAUCUAUGAUGAACCUUAUUAUAGCUUUGAGGGUAUACCAUAUGCACAACCUCCAGUGGGUGAGCUAAGAUUUAAAGCACCACAACGUCCUAUACCUUGGACCGAUGUUAAGGAUUGUACAAAUGCUAAAGACAAAUCCGUGCAAGUAAAUUUUGUGUAUAACAAAGUUGAGGGAACGGAAGAUUGCUUGUACCUGAAUAUUUAUACAAAUAAUUUACAUCCAGAAAAACCACGUCCUGUUAUGAUUUGGAUACACGGUGGUGGAUUUAUAAUGGGCGAAGCGAAUCGUGAUUGGUAUGGACCGGACUAUUUUAUGAAACAAGAUGUUAUACUGGUGACUAUACAGUAUCGUUUAGGAGCGUUAGGCUUCCUUAGUUUAAAUACACCAGAAUUAAAUGUUCCCGGUAACGCUGGUCUUAAGGAUCAGGUAUUGGCACUUAAAUGGGUUAAAAAUAAUUGCACCAAUUUUGGUGGAAAUCCAGAUUGCAUAACAGUUUUUGGUGAAAGUGCCGGCGGUGCAUCUACACAUUAUAUGAUGCUUACUGAACAGACACAAGGAUUGUUUCAUCGUGCUAUUUUAAUGUCCGGCAAUGCAUAUGCUUGCUGGGCCUACCGCGAUAGUUGUACAAAAGGUGCUUUUACUUUAGCUAAACUGGCUGGAUAUAAAGGUGAAAAUAAUGAAAAGGAUGUGCUACAGUUCUUACUUAAAGCAAAAUCCAGAGACUUAAUUGGAUUGAAGGAAAAUGUAUCAUCUCUUGAAGAGAGACAAGAAAGCAUAAGUUUUGCAUUUGGGCCUACUUUGGAACCAUACAUUUCUGCAGAUUGUGUUAUACCAAAUCAUCCCAGAGUUAUGGCAAAAACCGCCUGGAGUAAUGCCAUACCUAUAAUGCUGGGAAAUACUUCAUAUGAGGGCUUGUUAUGGACACCAGAGGUUCAAAAUUUACCAAUGGUCAUAAAAGAUCUCGAAACUUGUGUAAAUUUAGUGCCAACAGAGUUGAUUGCAAUUGAUCGUACUACAGACGAAGUUAAAGAGAAAGGUUUAAUAAUAAAAAAAGCGCAUGUAACUGGAGAAACUCCAACAGCAGAUAAUUAUUUGGAUCUGUGUUCAUAUAGAUACAUGUGGUUUCCUUCACAUCGUUUGAUACAAUCACGCUUUGCACAUGCAGCUAGUGCCCCCAUGUAUCUUUAUCGUUUUGAUUUCGAUUCAGAAGAAAUAAUUAAUCCUUACCGUAUAUUUCGUCGAGGACACGGUGUUAAAGGUGUUAGUCAUGCUGAUGAAUUAACUUAUAUUUUUUGGAAUUUGUUAGCACAUCGCUUGCCAAAAGAUAGCCCUUCAUAUCGCACCAUAGAACGUACAAUUGGUAUAUGGACACAAUUUGCAAUUACUGGUAAUCCUAACAAUGAUAAUAUCUCUGGUUUGGAUACUGAAACAUGGGAACCGCUUAAAAAAUCAGACAAAAUCUAUAAAUGUUUGAAUAUAAACGAUCAGUUGAAGUUUGUUGAUCUUCCAGAAAUGGAAAAACUGAAACUGUGGGAAAGUCUUUUCAUCAACAGUAAAGAACUAUUUUAUUAAUAUUUUAUAGCUUAAACUAUUUGUUAUUUUUUAUUUUUAUAAUAUUUGUUAUUAUUUAUACUUAUUGAUAAAAUAUUAGUGCCAACAUCUUAUGAAGAUAUUAAUCUGACGAAUAAUGUUUA